UUCGUAUUGCCAGUAUUUAUGGUAACCUCCAAACGCCUCUAGAGGCUGCGUCCUCUUGAGGCUGCGUCCACUGUUUCGUGCGCAUAAAAAGGCUGCUUCCUUCUUCAUUAAUCACUGCUCUUCUCUUUCCUCUGUUAUAUUUCCGCAUUUUGUUUUCCUCAAUAUUAUAAAAUGGCAUUUCUUCUCUCAUCCACUCCGAGCCUGAUGACGGAAGUUGUGGUACGUCCGAUGAAUGGCGGAAACGGACUUCAUAGCUAUAGCAAAAACUCAACUUUUCAGAGAAAAGCUAUAGAAGCUGCCAAAGAACUGAUCAACAAGGCAAUAGCUGAGAAACUUGAUAUCAAGAUUUUCUCUUCUUCAAACAGCUUUAAAAUUGCUGAUUUGGGCUGCUCUGUUGGAACUAAUACACUUCUAGCGGUGCAAAACGUUAUCGAUGCCGUGGAACGCAAGUUUCAAAGCCAGGGAAAGAGUACUCAACACCCCGAGUUCCAAGUCUUCUUCAAUGAUCAGGCAUCGAAUGAUUUCAACCAGCUUUUCACAUCUAUUCCUCCGAAUAUUCCUUACUUUGCCGCCGGCGUGCCGGGUUCUUUUCAUCGCCGCUUGUUUCCAAAUAACUCUCUUCACUUUGUUCAUUCCUCAUGUGCUGCCCAGUGGCUUUCUAGAGUCCCAGAAGAUGUGCUUGACAAGAGCUCUCCUGCUUGGAACAAAGGGAGGGUUCACUACUCAAAUUCUACGCCUCAAGUUAUGAAGGCUUUUGAAGAUCAGUUUGCCGAAGACAUGGACAACUUUAUGAAACUUAGAGCACAAGAAAUUGUCGUAGGAGGCUUGAUGGCUCUUAUUCUUCCGGGUCGCCUUAACGAAACUCCUCAUACUGAAGCCUACCUCAACAAAGCAUUCGAACAAGUUGAAUCUUCACUUAUAGACAUGGCUAAGAAGGGUAUUAUCAGAGAGGAAAAAAUAGAUUCCUUUAACAUACCAAUAUAUUUUGCAUCUCUCCAAGAAGUGGAAUCAGCUGUGAAGCGAAAUGGCUGUUUUAGCAUAGAAAUAAUGGAAAACAUACCUCAUGAAAAGCCACAACCCAAGGUUAUGUCAUCCACUCUCAGAGCUGGCUUGGAGGGGACCAUAAAAGAGCAUUUUGGAGAUGAGAUUUUGGAUGAGCUGUUUGAUACAUUAGUAUGCAAUAAACUUGAAGAAUCAUCCUUAAUCACGGAAUCGUGCAAAUCAGUUGGCCUCUUUGUUGUACUAAAACGCAAACCAAACGAAUAGAGAAGUGUCAAUAUGCUGUAUCAUCAAUUGGUCCAGUCUGCAAAUUUUAAACAAUAGAUGAGAUUAAAAAAAAAAACACUUAUCAAAAUAAUAUUAAAAAAGGAAGUAGAUCAAGUUUAAUUCCCUAAAGUUUUUAUUAGAGAUUUCAAUAUGUUUACAAAACUCUUUCAGUGUCUUCCUUUACUCAUAGUUAGGAUGUUUGUAUUUAACUUCUUUAUCUUUUUAUUUUACUUCCAUAUAAAUCGG